UGGAGUGAACAGGCAUAUCUACUUCUGGGACUCCAUAAAUCAAGGGACCCGUCCACAGCCCGCUUAAACAGCUGCAAUACCAGGCUUGGCCGCUGAGCACUGGUGGUUUGCGGAAGUAUGCACUGCUCCUGGGAGCCUGCUACUAGUGAGUGACACGCUCUGAGAACAUCUGUUCCGAGUGGACUGCCCAUGUUCCAGUAUCAUCCAAUCGAGUUAGAACACCACUCCCGCCUCAUUUUCAUGUGCGGAACUCAUCAUGGCGGAGAAACGGUGCAUUUUAUUUUUUUAAAGUUGGGACCAGAGGAUCGUUGCCAGCUUUAAGGUUGUGCUUCAUGUCAACCCAAUGCAAGCCAUACCCAUGCAAAUCUGAAAGGGUGGCAUGAACCUAGGGUGGGAUCCCAACGGGGCACCCGUUCAGAUGUCCCAGCCCCUCACCACAGGGCAGAUGAACAUCAACCCAUGUACCUCCAUGGCCGAGCGACGUGCCGCAGGUACCAAUGGCUACAAUAGGAUGGACUCCACUGCCACCGUUUGGGUGUCCCCUGCAUCGAUUCCAACGCCAUACUUCCCCGCCAGUACUGUUGGACCCAAGGAACUUGCUCAUAAUGGGGGACGCAUCACAGCUCUGUCUCCUCCACCCUCGGAGGACCAUGGCGUGUUGAGGAGGGUCCAUCAGCAGCAGAGGCAGAAUCCUCAUGUUAGGGCAACGCAUAACCUACCACCAUUAGUCGAAUCACACUAUCAACAUUCAUGGUCACAGAAGGGCCAAUCAAGGAGGGAGGUUUGUGAGUGGAGUAAGUCUGCUCAGAAAAACUGUAGACUGACUGGCAGCUUGGCCGGUGAUGAGGACGACGGUCCAGAUUCACAGUGUGGGCGCAGACGUCAAGAACUUAAAUUGGGAGGAGAGAUCUCUGCCUUAAAGCGGCACCAACCACCGCACUCGUUUGAACAGAGUGAGCGUCGCCCCAGUGUUCCAGCAGUAAGCACAUCAUCUGCAUCACAGUUAGUGAGUACACAUAGUCAGGAUCCUUCUUCAGUUGGGAAAGAGCAUUGCUCUCACACCCCUUGCCCUGUUCCACACCCAGCUCACCUUAAGCUCAAAGCAAUGAGCAAAAAUAAACGUUUUACUGAUGCCCACAUUCAUGAUUUCCUUAUGGAAAGAGUGUCUAACAUAAUGGCGGGACGGACCCAGUGUGGCGGGAGCAAGGGUGCAGAACGGACACAUUGUUUGAGUUCCAGUACCUUAAAUGUAUGCCUGCCAAGCAAGCAGAACACUGGUUCAUUACAUUUGAAAAUAGACGAAUCAGCACCCCGGCAUGUCACCUCUACCGCAUCAUCGGAGGAAAUCUGCGUUUCUUCUGCCGGGAGUGCUGGUAGUCCAGCUCUCGACUGCAACGGGAAUGAGAAGUGGUCCACUGCGUUCGGAAAAGGAAUUCAAGAGAAGCAAUCAGCGUUGACUCGUAAUGUUUUAAAGCAAGAUGGCCAACCUAAACCAGAAAAGGACUCCACAGGUACACAAAUCACGGCUUUAAAUAACUCGCACACUGUAUCUUUAAUUGAGUGUACAGAGGAGGCCCCAGAUUUUGAUUUAACUAAAUUAUGGGAUGCAAAUAUCUUGUGUGAAACUGGGGACAAACCCAUUUUUAACAAUAUAUGCGUUGACGAAAAGGGGGACAUUGGGGAUGUCGACUAUUGUAAAACAAAACUCUGUCAGGGUGCUAUAGCAGAGUUUUCUACUGUGCCAAUAAUUAGUUACUCAUUUUUUGCAAUGAAAGAGCUAGUCUCCACUACAAACUCUAUCCCUUGUAAAGUAACUAGCCCCGCUGAGGACAUUUAUGACUCCAUCUUGCAGUGUUAUUGGAAUGGAAAUAAAGAUGAUGUUCAUGUUUUUACAUCCACAGAAUACCCGAAAAUUAUGAUGCUCGCUGCGGAGGUUUGUGCAAAGAACGACAACGAGAAUCCAGUGAUUCUCUCUGCACUCUCAGGAACAACCCCAAAGGAGUUCAUAGAGCAGCGAGCUGCCUCAGAGGUUGAAAACGGUGCGACACAAGGACACAAGUACACCUCCUCAUGGCUAAUCGCCAACUGCCUCGAGGAUCGAGCCAAAGAGCCAGGCGCUCUGCACCCCGUCUCGUACGUGGGUCACCCGGAGGCGCGAGAAACGGGGACUCUGAGUUUAGUGAAUAAUUGGCAAGCAGGGAAGACUAACACAGAAAUGGACAUGGCCAAAUCAAUACAAAUGUCAUGCAAAGAAGAACACUGGUUUAAAAGCCAGAGUUAUGAAUACAUUUCAGAAGACGACAUUCAAAAUGGCGAAGACAUUCUGGCUCUGGAUUUGCAGUCAAAUAGGCUUCCCUCUGAAACCACAAUUGGAAAUUUGAGUGGCGCUUCCUCUAAAUAUUGCCCCGUCUAUGAAGAUAUCUCUGAAACACAAAUUUCCACAGAUGUAUGUUUAAUCAUAGAUGAGCCGUCGGGGACACAACUGUCAAACAAUGUCAGACAACCUAUCAAAUCUGGGAGUCCCACAAAUGUCCCGGCCCUUUCAAAACAUUUGUUUAAUUCCGCAAGGCAGUCUCGUGACGGAACCUCAAAUGGUGACAAAACUGGUUUGAUUCCUGGUUUGUUACCUGAGGUUCAUGCAGGUCGUUCUCUGCAGCAGGAAGUCAUUUACAUUAGUUCAGACGAGGAUACAAUGGACCUUUCUACUGAAGAAGAUGGAUCUACCGAUACUGAAAUUCAAGAGAAGGUGACUGAAGCCAUAAGCCCCAUGGUUGAAGAGGAGGAUGCUGAAGAGGAUUGGCUGAUGAUUCCGGUGGCAAUAGCAUACCUUGCAUUUGUUGAAGCGAAUGUAAACCAUGUCUCCCAAGCAAAAACCCAAUCUAGUGGUAAAAAUAUGCUGCCUUCAACAACCAAAAAACCUUUGCCAACUUCUCCCAUGAGGCAGUUGGAAGUGUUUGAUACCCUUGAUAGCUUUCUACGAGAAAAGGCUUGCCUAAAUCCCUGUAGCAAUAAAGAUUCUCAGAUUAUAAUUGUUUCUGAUGAUCUCCCUGUGCCAACACCCACAGAAGGCAUCCCAGCAGAAUCAAGUAAUGGAAACAUUGUUCUCCGGUGCAGAGAAAGAUCCAGUUCAUGUGACACCGAAGACAGCAGUGACUACUCGUCCUCGGAGUCCAAUUGCAACUAUUUAACAGUGUCCCCUCAGUGCUGGGAAGACGGAAAUCUCUCCAAAUCACUGAAGAAGAAGAAGAGGAAAACGUGUGAAAAAUUAUAUUCUGCCAAACGGCCUCGUACAAUCACAUUCUCUGACGGCACGGAUGACAGCUGUGUGUUCGAAGUGGAGAUGGAAACGAGCCUGGAGACGGAUGUACCCAUGACACCUGAACCUAAAAGCAGCCCGAUAGAAUCUGAAGGUGAUUGCAGUUCUGUUGAAUUUAAAAAAGCUCCAACAAAAUGUCAUGCAAAAACCGAUCAAACAGCCAUUCUAAAAGGACUAAAGAAACUAACCGAUGAAGGAGCCAAGUUAAAACGCAGAGGUGCAAAGGGCUUGAGGUUGUCUGAAUCGGAGGACGGGGGAGAUGAUUUCCCAGUUCUACGAAUUGGACAUUUGGCUGAAGGUCACAGGUAUCCAGUAAAGGGGCCUCAACAAAGGGCAUUCCUUGACUUGGAGAUUGACCAAAAGCCCCCCUGUGUGGCUGGAGCAGAGGAGCGGGUCUCAACUAGUCAUGAACUCCCAAAACCCAAUCCCAUAAUCCCUCGCUUGUUUUUCAAGAUGCCUUCUGAACAAAGUGAUCCAGUGACACUGAUGGCAGAAUUGACCAUCCCUAAGAACAAAAGAGAUGACUACAGACUCUCGAAACGAACCAAGAAAAACAAUCCGGUUACUUCUGCUAACGGACAACCAAAAUAUAAGACGAGAGAUGAGAAAUUACGUUCUGAGAAACGUAAAAUGCUCGAUGGCCCAAUCGGAGAACAGAAAGUAAAUGCAUUUAAUUCCGGGCAACAUGUGACCUCCAAUAAACCAACAUCAGUUUCAAAGGACCACCUGAUUAUCCCAAAGCAACUGACGACGUCCACGGCAGCGCUUCAGAAGUACAAGGCUCAUUCCACGGCUAGCACAGAGCCACCCAGGACAGCGUCCUCUCGUGGCCCAGAGCGAUCCAGGAAAACAUCCUCUAGUGGUGGCAAAGAGACACCCAGGACAGCAUCCUCUCGUGGCAAAGGGCCACCCAGGACAGCAUCCUUUAGUGGCCCAGAGCCACCCAGGACAGCAUCCUCUAGUGGUCCAGCACCAUCCAGGACAGCAUCCUCUAGUGGUCCAGCACCAUCCAGGACAGCAUCCUCUAGUGGCCCAGAGCCACCCAGGACAGCGUCCUCUAGUGGCCCAGAGCCACCCAGGACAGCAUCCUUUAGUGGUCCAGCACCAUCCAGGACAGCAUCCUCUAGUGGUCCAGCACCAUCCAGGACAGCAUCCUCCAGUGGCCAAGAGCCACCCAGGACAGCGUCCUCUAGUGGCCCAGAGCCACCCAGGACAGCGUCCUCUAGUGGCCCAGAGCCACCCAGGACAGCAUCCUUUAGUGGUCCAGCACCAUCCAGGACAGCAUCCUCUAGUGGUCUAGUACCAUCUAGGACAGCGUCCUCUAGUGGUUCAGCACCACCCAGGACAGCAUCCUUUAGUGGUAUACCGCCAUCCAGGACCGCAUCCUCAGGUGACCAUAACAAUCAGUCCACAUUGGAAACCAGUCCAUACUUCAGCUGCCACUCAACCCAUACCAAAAAACGAAUCUCUCACUACGUUCGCAGAGCCGACAAGACAAAGGAUUCUGUUCGUCCAAAGCCGUCCCUUCUCACCGAAACAGCUCCCAGUUCCAGUAAAGGGCAGUUGAAAUCCAGUAUGAUCUCAAAAUCCUCUAAAGCCGGAAGAUAUUCUAUAGAUUCUAAAAGAGUCACACUCUCAGACGCUUCUGGGAGCACAAAGGAGUCGGCAAGGCAACAGAUCCGCAAAGAAUUGAGGGAAAAGAAAAAUAAUCUGGAUAUUUCUGCUAACGCACAACCCAGAAAUGAGACGAGAGACAAGAAACUACGUUCUGAGAAACGUAGAAUGCUCGAUGGCCCAAAUGGAGAACAUAAAGUAAAUGCAUUUAAUACCGGGCACCACGUGAGCUCCAGUAAAUCGACAUCAGUUUCAAAGGACCACCUAAUUACCAAAAAACAACUGACGACGUCCACAGCAGCGCUUCAGAAGUACAAGAGUCAUUCCAUGGCUAGCACAGAGCCACCCAGGACAGCGUCCUCUAGUGGCACAGAGCCACCUAGGACAGCGUCAUCUAGUGGCAAAGAGCCACCCAGGACAGCGUCAUCUUGUGGCAAAGAGACACCCAGGACAGCGUCCUCUAGUGGCCCAGAGCCACCCAGGACAGCGUCCUCUAGUGGCCCAGAGCCACCCAGGACAGCGUCAUCUAGUGGCAAAGAGCCAUCCAGGACAGCGUCCUCUAGUGGUCCAGCACCAUCCAGGACAGCGUCCUCUAGUGGCACAGAGCCACCCAGGACAGCGUCAUCUAGUGGCAAAGAGCCACCCAGGACAGCGUCAUCUAGUGGCAAAGAGCCACCCAGGACAGCGUCAUCUUGUGGCAAAGAGACACCCAGGACAGCGUCCUCUAGUGGCCCAGAGCCACCCAGGACAGCGUCCUCUAGUGGCCCAGAGCCACCCAGGACAGCGUCAUCUAGUGGCAAAGAGCCAUCCAGGACAGCGUCCUCUAGUGGUCCAGCACCAUCCAGGACAGCGUCCUCUAGUGGCCCAGAGCCACCCAGGACAGCGUCCUCUAGUGGCCCAGAGCCACCCAGGACAGCGUCCUCUAGUGGCCCAGAGCCACCCAGGACAGCGUCAUCUAGUGGCAAAGAGACACCCAGGACGGGGUCAUCUAGUGGCACAGAGCCACCCAGGACAGCGUCCUCUAGUGGCCCAGAGCCACCCAGGACAGCGUCAUCUAGUGGCAAAGAGCCACCCAGGACAGCGUCAUCUAGUGGCAAAGAGACACCCAGGACCGCAUCCCCAGGUGACCAUAACAAUCAGACGACGACGGAUUCCAUUCACCAGAAGCCGUCCCAUCUCAUCUGUUCCAGUAAAGGGCAGUCGAAUUCCAGUAUGAUCUCAAAAUCCUCUAUAACCGGCAGACAUUCUACAGAUUCUAAAAGAGACACAUUCUCAGACCCUUCUGGGAGCACAAAGGAGUCGGCAAGGCAACAGAUCCGCAAAGAAUUGAGGGAUAACUAUGUCUCAACCAGAAAAUCACUGCAGGACAUGCUCUGGGCCAGAGGACACAAGGCAACAUGCGUCCAAGCAGAAGAACACUGCGUCCGCCACCCCGCUGAUGAAGAGGACCAAGAAUCAGGCGAUGCGGAUGCCAAGCGGUUGGCCUCAGCGGAACAUCUCCGCGGAAGUCCCCAGGAGCGAGGAAAACGACAGAGUUCCGGAGUUGGAGGAGGAACCACCAAGCGGGUUGAAGCCAGGUGACCAAGUGUACCUAAAGGGGUUCAGGAGAAGAUACAAAGUCACCAACGCAACACGAACAGCCUUCCAGGUGGAGGGAAGUGCCACGUGGUAUCACCUCAGCCACUGCACAAGAGCCGCUCAACCUAGGACAAGGGAACAGCGUGUGGAGGAGCGUGAGAAGGAGCCAGAUGCAGACAUGCCUGGGGCUGACCAGCUACCACAGGACCAGACCCAGCCGAGCCAGGAGCAACAGCUACA